AUGGAUAAUAUGAAUAAGAUAGUCAAGGACAUUUCUGGAGUAACGAUAAACCUAGAAAGCGAGUAUUCGACAAGAGAUAUUUUUAAGACAAUCCUAAAUCCCCACUCCUUCAUAAAAGAUAAAUUUUUUUGGCUUAAAAGUAAAAUGUAAUUUAUUGACAUUAAUAUUAGCAUUAAUUUAUUAUUGAAAAACUCCCGCAGCACCGAAGGAUGCACUUGCUUUGAUGGGCUACCUGCUGAAGCCCCACUAGCGAUUAACUCCUCUUCGCCUAGGCUCACGCAUAACGGAGACUGAAGUGGGGUGGGCCACCGUGCCAUAAAGCCAGAUGAGGUUGCCUGGACAAAAAUUCCAAAAAAUGGCUUUCAGCAAAAGUGAAAACUUGUAGCGCAGGCGUAACUGCUAGUUUUACUCUAGGGAGUUACGCAAUAGGUCUAGCCUAGGGCUUCCCCUUUCAAACUCCAAGUCUUACUUUCCCUCGAGGUAAUGAAAGCGAACCAAAUAGAAAAAGAUCUAUUUAUAAUAAUUAUUAAUUCUAUAUCAAUGUUUUUGUAAUAAAAUAUUAAUAAAAAAAAAUUUCCACUCACGAAGGAUUCUAUUCACAAAAAGAAAUUUUCUAUGAUUUUAUUCGCUCAUAUAGAAGCGAGUAAGGCAAAAAGAUGCUGCUAAUAACUUAGCCCUUUAUGACCUAUCAAAACUUAAAAGUCUUAUACACAAUUGGAAUCAAAAACUUCCUAAUGUCAGACCAUUUUACGCAGUCAAAUCUAAUCCAGAUUUACAAAUAAUUUCAAAACUCGCUCAUCUAGGUGCUGGUUUUGAUUUUGCAAGUGCAAAAGAGCUUGAAUCAGCUCGAACUAUAAAUAUCAAUUUUGAGACAGAUGCCAUUUGUGCACAGCCUUUUAAAUCUGAAGAAUUUUGUAGUUCUAUUUCAAAUUCAGGAGUUGUAUAUGCUACAUUUGAGUCUGUUGAGGAGCUGCAAAUUGCAGCGAAUUUUGGGAUGAGAAAUUUAAAAUUUAUUUUAUUGAUAGAAGGAGGAGAUGAAAAAGAUAAUCUACUCCCCUUAAUUUCUGCUAAAUAAAAAUGGGUACUCAAAAAAUAGAUUUUUAAAGUAAAAUGUAACGAUGACCCCCCCUCAAUCUUCAUGUCUAUUGCAACAAAAAUGCAAUUUUUUUAAUAUAAAAUUUUAUAUAAAAAAAAUAAUAAUUUUCAUGUCUCUUGCAACAAAUUAUAUACAUUAAAGUGGCGACACGUGCCAACCUGCCCUCUUGGCGCAGCAGUCCAGACCUUAUGGCUACGGCCAACUGGGACGGACUCCAAGCAGAAUCAGACGCAGGCUCAAGAAGUGUGUAUCCGGGUAGGUUUUGGCUGCUUUCCUGUGGUUGGAAAUGGAGGUGCUCAACAACGUCCUUUGGAUCCGAGGACCCAUGGGUAUUCCUCUAACGAGAAACUGGAGGUUUUGGCCCAGGCCACAGGGGAACAGUCUUUUCCUGUAGCUGUCGAAGGAAGGCACUUUGACACCUAAUAGACUCUAAGAGCUGAUCCUUGGAAUCAAGCUACUCCAAUCGCCCGUAGCAGGGCCCCAGAAAUCCAUAACCCGCCCACUCAAGACUGAAGCCGCAAGGAGGAGACAGAAGGUACGGAAGGGCACUCGCAAGAGGGAUAGAUCCUACAGCAGCGCUGUUUUAUGUUUUUUUUGAGAAACUCACCUAGAGAAAAAUGCAUCAUUUUUUUUAUAAAAAUGUUGUGUUGCAGUAGGCAUGAAGAUUUUUUCGAAAAAUUUUUGUUGCAGUAGACAUGAAGAUUGAGGGGGGGGUCAUCAUUAUAUACCAGCAGGGUAUAGGAAAUUUGGAGCAGUAAAAUCUGAAUACAGAAACAUUUUUCUUGAUGCAGGAAUAUUAGGGCUAAAAAUAUCUGGGAUCAGUUUUUAUGUAGGCCACUCUAUGAAAAAUACAGAUGCGUUUUAUAAAGCUAUUGAAAAUGCAAGCGAAGCAUGAAAGAUUGCGGAGGAAUUUGGAUUUAUUAUGGAGAUUUUAGAUAUUGGUGGAGGUUUUUCUGAUUCCCCCCUCCAUGAGUGAACAAAAAAAUUUUGUUCACUCACGGAGGGGGGUUAAUUUUUUUUUUUUAAAAAAUUUAUAUAAAAAAUAUUUUUUUUCGAAAUUUUAAAAAAAUCUAAUUCGUAAAAUAGGAAAGUAAAUAUUAAUUUAAUUUAUAAAAUUUAUGUUUUAAAAAGCAAUUCGUUUGAAAUUAAACAGAAUUAGCUUUAGAUUUCAUUAUGCUAAUUAUCAUUUAUAUAUCAAAAUUUUUUUCCAUAAAAAUUUUUUCUAUUAAAAAAAUUUUUGUUCACUCACGGAGGGUUGGUUUUUGGGCAAAAAAUAGGGAUUUUUUCUAAUGGUUUUGUUCACUCAUGGAGCGGGGGGGAGUGAGAGUAAUUUUAGCAGCGCAGCAGUAGAUGUGACUCGUGGGCUUGAUGAAUUUUUUAGUGAAAAAAAUAUCAGAAUUGUUGCAGAGCCAGGAAAAUAUUUUUCGGAAUCAGUUUUAUCUACUUGUAAUACAAUAAUAAAUAAAACCAUCAAAAUAGUUGAAGGAAACACAAUAAUUGAAUAUACUCUUUCAGAUGGGAUAGAAGGAGCAUUUUAUUUUUUAUCUUUUUCAAAAGACAAUGUAGUCACUCCUAUAUUUAUGGGCGAAAAUGAUAAUUCACAAUCCUAUUCGAUUUUUUAUGGACCGAAAGGAGAAAAAAUAGCUGAAUGUGAGUUUCCAUUAGUGGAAAUUGGAGAUAAAGUAUCAUUUGAAAAAAUGGGAGCUUAUAGUAAUAUUUUUACAGAGUCAGUUUCAAAUGAAGAUUUAAAUUAUUCAAAACUUUAUCUUGACGAGCAAUAA